UCCGCGUCGUCGCCGGUGGGUCGCUCGCUGCCGGCUCGACGAGUUCGUUUCGAACGAGCGCCAGUGGGCUUGGCGUGCGUGGCGGUUUGGUCCCGGCUUGAUAACGACAUUCAAGCUCCCUACGGUCAUUACUGUAAUAAUUUGAAAACUAAACAUUCAGAUUCGUUUCGUCUUUUAUUCAUCUAAAACAAACUAAAAAAAAGAACAAUCGGAAGCAGUUAAAAGCACUAUCAUGUGCGGGUGUGUGCGCAUCCUGCGCGCGCGGAAGGCGCUGCCGCGGUCCUGGCACCUGCGACACUCUAGCACGUCAUCUACACCACCAGUAGUGCCUGGAGUACCUUAUACUAAACUCAGUAUAGGAGUACCUAAAGAAAUAUGGCAGGAUGAAAGAAGGGUUGCCAUAGUACCAGCUGUAGUUAGCAAAUUAGUAAAAAAGGGCUUCAAUGUGAAUGUGGAAGAAAAUGCUGGAGCCUUAGCCAAUUUCCCAAAUAAGACUUAUGAGGAGGCUGGCGCCAAAAUAACUAGCUUAAAGGAUACAUUCCAAUCAAAUAUUGUUCUCAAGGUCCGUCCAUUAGUUGACAAAGAGAUCAUAAGUGUACAGGAUGAGGGAACACUUAUUUCUUUCUUGUACCCAGCACAGAACCAAGAUCUGAUUAAGAAACUGGCAGCUAAAAAAGUUAAUGCAUUUGCAAUGGACUGUAUACCUCGCAUCAGCCGCGCCCAAGCCUUCGACGCUCUGAGUUCGAUGGCAAACGUGGCCGGCUACCGCGCAGUCAUCGAGGCUGCUGCCCACUUCCCAAGGUUCUUCUCUGGUCAGAUGACGGCGGCGGGUCGCGUGCCUCCAUGCCGCGUGCUGGUGGUGGGCGGCGGCGUGGCGGGGCUGGCGGCGGCGGCGCAGGCGCGCUGCAUGGGCGCCGCUGUGCGGGCCUUCGACACCCGCCCGGCCGUACGCGAGCAGAUUGAGAGUCUCGGCGCGCAGUUCAUCACUAUGGAGAUGAAGGAAGAAGGAGCGGGCGAAGGUGGCUACGCUAAGGAGAUGAGUCAAGAGUUCCUGGACGCCGAGAGAGCACUGCUGGGCAAAGAAGCGCGGACUUCUGACGUGGUGAUCAGCACAGCUCUUAUACCUGGCAAGCCGGCGCCACUGCUUAUUAUGGAGGACGCCGUUCGCGACAUGGCCCCAGGCAGUGUGAUCGUAGAUCUAGCCGCGGAGAUGGGCGGUAACAUAGAAACCACCCAGAAGGGCAAGAUAGCUCGCGUGCACGGCGUCACACACAUCGGCCUUACCGACCUGCCUAGUCGUAUGCCUGCACACGCCUCCACAUUGUAUGCCAACAAUAUAUCCGGAUUUCUUCUUAGUAUUGGUACAAACGACCACUUCCACAUCAACCUGGAGGACGAAGUGACCCGUGGGGCAAUAGUUCUGAAAGCCGGCGAGCUGCUGUGGCCGCCGCCGCCGCCGCCCAGCAUGGCGCCUGUACAGGCCGCGCCUAAAGCUGCAGCGGUUGCGAAGGCCGAGCCUCCCAACCCUUUCAACGAGACGCUCAAAGACGCGUUCUUGUAUUCUACAGGUCUAGCUAGUUUAAUCGGACUGGGAAUUGCGUCCCCCAAUCCGGCGUUUACAACAAUGACGACUACAUUAGCCUUAUCCGGCGUGGUAGGCUACCACACGGUAUGGGGUGUGGUGCCGGCGCUGCACUCGCCGCUGAUGUCGGUCACUAACGCCGUGUCGGGCAUCACCGCCGUAGGCGGCCUGCUGCUUAUGGGUGGAGGCUACGUGCCUGAAACUCCAGUGCAGUGGUUAGCAAGCACUGCAGCUCUCAUCUCAUUCGUCAACGUAUUCGGCGGUUUCUUGGUCACGCAGCGAAUGUUGGACAUGUUCAAGAGACCCGGUGACCCACCAGAAUACGGAUAUCUAUAUGGUAUUCCAGCUGCGGCACUUCUCGGAGGCUACCUUACAACAGCAAUGCAGGGCUACCCUGAAGUGCAUCAGAUGGCAUAUCUAGCAUCUUCCCUGUGCUGCGUGGGCGCACUCGCCGGCCUCAGCUCACAGACCACUGCUAGGAAAGGAAACUACCUCGGAAUGAUCGGCGUAGCGGGCGGUAUAGCAGCAACAUUAGGUGCGCUGACACCCAGCGCUGAAGUCUUCGCUCAGAUGGUGGGCGUGGCAGGCGCGGGCGGGCUCAUCGGCGCCACCAUCGCCAAGAGGAUCGAGAUCACCGACCUGCCGCAACUCGUGGCUGGCUUCCACAGUUUAGUCGGCAUGGCAGCGGUGUUGACUUGCUUGGCGACAUACAUGCACGAUUUCCCAGCGAUGGCGUUGGACCCCACGGCCGCUACGCUUAAGACAUCGCUCUUCCUCGGCACCUAUAUCGGUGGCAUCACGUUCACCGGUUCUCUAAUAGCCUACGGCAAGCUCCAGGGUUCGUUGAACUCUGCGCCGCUGCUGCUGCCGGGGCGGCACGCGAUCAACGCGGGCCUGCUGGCCGGCUCGCUGGGCUGCGGCGGCGCACUGCUCGCCCUGCCCGACGCGCCCGGCUUGCCGCUGCUGUCUGCGGCUGCCGUACUGGCUGGCAUACAGGGGCUGACACUCACUGCUGCCAUUGGAGGUGCCGACAUGCCGGUAGUGAUCACAGUGCUGAACAGCUACUCGGGCUGGGCGCUGUGCGCGGAGGGCUUCAUGCUCAACAACUCGCUCAUGACCAUCGUGGGCGCGCUCAUCGGCAGCUCCGGCGCCAUUCUCUCUUACAUCAUGUGCAAGGCUAUGAACCGUUCCCUGCCGAACGUGAUCCUGGGCGGGUACGGCGUGACGAGCUCGGGCUCGGCGCGGCCCGCCGGCGCGACCCACACCGAGCUGAACGUGGACUCCGUCGCCGACCUCAUCCACCGCGCUUCUAACAUCAUCAUCACUCCUGGUUACGGUCUUUGCGUAGCCAAGGCACAGUAUCCUAUUGCAGAACUGGUGAACAUCCUGAAAUCAGCUGGAAAGAAAGUACGCUUCGCCAUCCACCCCGUGGCAGGUCGUAUGCCUGGUCAACUAAAUGUAUUGCUCGCUGAAGCCGGUGUGCCGUAUGACGACGUGUUUGAAAUGGAGGAAAUCAAUGACGAAUUCCCUGAGACUGACCUCGUGCUUGUUAUUGGUGCCAACGACACCGUCAACAGUGCGGCUGAAGAUGAUCCUAACUCUCCCAUUGCGGGCAUGCCUGUGCUCAAAGUAUGGAAGGCAGAUCAGGUGGUAGUAAUGAAGCGUUCGAUGGGCGUAGGUUACGCCGCCGUGGACAACCCCAUCUUCUACAACCCCAACACUGCCAUGUUGCUCGGAGACGCCAAGAAGACUUGUGACGCGCUCCUUGAACGCAUCAAACAUCUCAGUGCUUGAGUUUAAUACAUUAUUGUUGCAACUCACAAGUGCGUCUAAACCUUUUUGAAUGAAGUAAAAACUUUGAGUAAAAAAGAAAAACUAAAUAGAAUACGUUAUAUAUUAUCUUAACGUUUCUGUCGCGUCAAGGAAAUUUACGAAUCGCGUGCAACUUGUGCAAGCUAAAAGAAGAAGUAAAGUACGGGCGCAAUUGUCACUUAGUAAACGACAAUAACGUAAAUAGCCAAUAUACGUCCCACUGCUGGGCACAGGCCUCCCCUUAAUCUACCGGAGGAAGUAUGGAGUAUACUCCACCACGUUGCUCCGCUGUGGGUUAGUGGAGUAAACGUCAGUAAUUAACCCAAAUUAACUUACGAUACAUCACACAAUAUGUACUUAGUAAGUAUACUUUUGGUAAAUUGGUUUAGUCGUAGAUUUAAGUGAUCUGUAUCAGUUUGACUGCCAUGUUACCAAUUUGAAAAGUGAUUGUAUAGAUCCAUGCUUGUUCUAAACUUUCAGCAUGGUGUCUUCCUAAAUAAGACUUUACAAUGUGCCUUAUGAGAAAAUUUUGAGACUCAUGACAGCUAGUCUAUUUUAGCUUUUUGUGUACGAUAUAUCAACAUAUUUUUAAGAAAAAAAUAAUUUUAUUUAUAUGUAUAGCAUUCCUAUGUGGGUAUUGUAUAUGCUUGUUUCGAGUCAUUUGUGAUGAAUUUGAAACGAACCCUGUGAGAUUUACACGAUAAUCGUACAAUGUCCUAUAAACCGUCAAGUUUAAGUUUUACUACUUUUCAUUUACUUAUCAUUACGCAUUUCUUAUGUGAUUGCCUUGCGACAUUAACCUCCCUAAACAUUCCAUUUGCUGAUAUUACAACGUUGGCAGAUUUUGAGUUGUUGGUUCCUUACCAAAAUUUAAGGAUGAUUUGUGUGACCGGUGUCACAGGCGAGGGCGACCGGAGUUCGAGUCGGUACAUUCAAUUUCUAAUAUAAAUUAAGCCACUCUAAUCUACGAAUAAAUAACAGGUAUUUAUUUGUAGACUCUAAUGCGCGGAUUCUCUGCGCUCGGCUCGAUAUAGCAGAGAUAUCAUCCUUAAAUACUAUGUUACAUAGGCAUUAAGAUAAUAUUAAUUUUAAAUAUUAAGCGGUCAGACAUACUAAAUAUGAAAUUAUCUUGAAAUGAAAUUUAUAAAACUUAAUUUAAUAAAAAAUAAUAAUUUGGAUAAUGUCAUUCCAUGUUCUAUUUUAUAUGUAAUGUAGUAAUGCUAGAAGAAUUACUAGUUAUUAGUAUCAUUUUACAACUUGUGAAAUAAACUGAGAUUUUAUUUAA